GUUAAACACAACACAAUAACCAACCAACCAGCCAGCCAUGCCUGUAGCGCCUUAUCUGCUAGCCAUUGGUGAGCGGGAGAGAUCCUUAUGCCUCAUCAAGCCAGAUCUCAUCGCUGGACAGAAGGUGACCAAGUGUUUCUUUGUCAACUCGGCAAAGAAACGAGGUCUUCGACUUUCAGGGCUGUGAAGUGGUUGCGCGUCUGGAGGAGGAUGACUUCGAAAUCAAGCAAAAGAAGAUUGCAUAUCUCACAAAAGUAGGGGACAGGAAGCCAUUGAAGAACGAUUUUGCCAGUGCCGGUCUGUAGGGUGACGUUGAAGCCCUCUUCACCGACUAUCAUGGACGGAGUGACUAUUCGCAAAGGGUCGCCUUCAUGACAAGGUCCACGAGGGAUGGCUUCCGCUGAUGGCUUCAGGUCCAGAAGCCCGUCUCCCACUUCUAUGUUCUGUUGUCAGUGGUCCCGUGUGGGUACUGGUGGUGGAGCACUUGGAGGGAGAUACUGUCAAUAGACUCGCGGCCCUCGCAGGACCGAACGACCCGCAAGUGGCAGACGAAACGACGUAUGCACUCACGGACGAGAAAGCCCUUCCAACAAGAACGAGAAGAUGUUUCUUCCCCACAGGUUGCGGGGCCAGUAUGGACACGACGAAGUGCGAAAUGGCGUACAUGUGAGCGCUGACAAGUGGGCAGCGGUGCGCGAAAGGGACUUCUUCUUCCCAUACCGUAACAUAGGCUUCAUGGGAAGAAGCCUCUAUCACAGCUGUGCAUCCACGUGUAAUUUGUCAGUGUGCGAGUGUCCCACUGAGCGCACGUUUGGCAUGGUCAAGCCCGACGCCACAUCGCAUGCGGGAGAGAUCCUCGAUACCAUCGGCAAAGAGAACCUGCUCGCCGUAGGGUGAGCAGGAAACAAGCGGGGCGAAAUCUAUUGGAAUGGUGUGAUGUGCCAGAAUGUGUGAGCUAAAGCUGUCGGCGGCACAAGCUGAGGAGCUAUACACAGAACACAAGGGCAAGGUGCGUUUCGACGACUACUGGACUGAGAUACACAAAACGGCCUUCAUACCUUUUUGCUCAGCCCUUUUACGAUGGCUUGAUGAGCUUCAUCACCGAGGAGGCGGGCAUCAGUAGGCGACCGUUGAGAAGUCCAUCGACUCAAUGUAUCCUUCGUUUGCCCUCCUUUUUGGACACAACGCAACUGUGUACACAUGCAGUUGCGUUGUGUCUGGAGGGAAGAGGAGCGAUCGAGCGGUGGAGACAAUUAUGCGGUCAGAUCAACGCACGGCCCCUUCCACUGGCUUGCGGCUCCCGUCUUGUCCUUAGGUCCCACGGAUCCUGACACUGCUCGCACUAUCGCUCCAUGGACGCUGCGCGCUCGAUUCGGCACAGAUGCCACUAGAAAUGCCGUGGUACGUCACCAUCUAGACUCCUGUAUACCCAAAUGAGUGGAGUGCCUAGAUUGGCUGUACAGCAUGGAUCGGAUUGCCCUGCCAGCGCCGCACACGAGUUGAAUAUCUUCUUUCCCAAAGGUGAUUUCGCGCUCAUCCCGUUAGUAUAGGCCUUUCGUAUGGGCGCAUGUUGUGUAUCAUGACUUGCUUCUAGGUACCCUUCCACUGGAGCGGACGCUCGCCAUCAUCAAGCCGGAUGCCGUCCAGAAGGGUACAGACACAUAAAUGUCAAUUAAAAGGUAGCCCAUCCAUGCGUACACGCUCCCGAUAGGUCAUACGGAUGCCAUCUUGCGUCGUAUCAAAUCAUCUGGUUUCGCCGUGCUCACACAAAAGAAGCUGCUGCUGACUCGUUCCCGGGCAGAGGAGUUCUACGCCGAGCAUCGCGACAGUGCGUUCUUUCCCUCUCUGGUUGAGUUCAUGUGUAGUGGCCCCGUCAUCACCCUCGUGCUCGGUCGAACGGGGGCGGUGCAAGUGUGGAGGCAACUCAUGGGUCAGUCAGUGAGAUACAAAGAGAAGCAUUCGGGCAUUCAUACAUGGCCGCUGCUUCAGGUCCCACGGAUAGCGUGCAGGCACGAGAGUCAAGACCGAAGUCGAUGAGAGCCCUCUACGGCGCCGAUCGACAGGUGACACUGUUUCUUCGGUUCCCCAAUUACGCGCCAUACUUUCAUGCUGCCUGCACAGGCCAAUGCCGUCCACGGAUCGGAUUCCGCCAAGAGUGCCGAUCGUGAAAUAGCCUUCUUUUUCCCGGAACUGUCAGCCGACCCACUUCCCAGCGAGGGUGCAAUCAAAGUGAGCGGAGGAUAGAGCAAAACGGAAGGGAACAUGCCAAAUGCUGUGGGUGCCUAUAUCAGGAUUACAUCUUCCGCAAGAGUGCCAAGGCUGGCUCCGCAUCAAUCGAGUGAGCAGACAUGGUCUACAUGUGCUGCAUGCGUGAUCACGCCCUUUGUACGGCUCUCAGCCUGUCGCGCGGAUCUAUCCGAGAAAUGUCGCAGAUUGACCCCACACUGCAGCAGAUCCUGGCCAAGUAGUCCAAAUGUCAUUUCAGAUGCUGCGUUCACCCCUUUCUGUGGUCAUCUGUCAGGGGUCUGCUCGGGCUGUGUAAGAUCCGUCCAAAAGGCCUCGAUGCGGCCAAGUGGUUGGCGGACUGGAUGGACCAAAACAAUCCCAGCAGGGUGCAGGUGAGAGCGCCGCCUGCGACUGCGACAGGUCCUACGUCAGUUGUGCCAGCCUCACAGCCCCCGAUGGAGGGGCGCGGGCAGACGAGUGUCUAUGUAGGAUGCCAAAAGACCAUGGAUGAACCAAAACCAGAAGUAGUCGAGGUAAAAGCCUGCACGUCGGACUUGACGUAUGUGCCGAUGUGUUUUUGUUACGUGCAUUUCUCUCUGCAGGUUGAUGUGUCAGCCGAGCGGCUGACCGAUGAGAGUGAGUUUGAAGGCCAGCCCCCGUUCAUCGUAUUCGUCCUCGGUGGAGUGCAAAAGUGCAGCUGUUCUCGUAGGGCCCUCCUCUGUCUGAUCUGUUUCUCACAGGCGGUCCUGGCUGUGGCAAGGGCACCCAAUGCGGCAUGAUCCAACGGGACUUCAACUUCGUGCACCUAUCCGCAGGGGACUUGCUGAGGGAAGAGGUAGCAAGCGGAUCGCCACUCGGUACGUGAAGAGACACAUCCAGCAUGCGAAAACCGGGCCUCAGCUGUUGCAAAUUCUCUGCAGGGUCGGAGAUCGAGGGCCAUAUGUUGCAUGGAACAUUGGUGCCUGCAUCAGUGACCAUCAGUCUAAUCCGCACGGCCAUUCUGCACCCAGCUAAUCGCCAAAUCAACAGAUUUCUUAUCGAUGGGUUCCCUCGGGCAAUCGAACAGGUAUAAGACAAGCAAUGGGUUCUGAGGUCGAUAGUGACUGUCCGGCUUGCACUGUAUUUUUAGGCUGAACAGUUCGAGCGUGACGUGUACAGCCACGCUUUUACGCUCUUCUUCGAUUGCUCUGCGGAAGUGAUGAUGGCACGACUGCUGGAAAGAAGUGCGCGAGCAGUGCCAGUCACACGAUGGUAGUCACUGUUUAUUAUGACAUCCACUGCCCAGGCCAGACGUCCGGCCGCGUGGAUGACAAUGAGGAGUCUGUGCGCAAGAGACUGGAGACCUACCAAACACAAACGCUCCCCGUCAUCCAACACUUCCAGCGCAUCGGGAAGGUACAUGCGCGCAGAGGCAACACUUUUUCUCCUGCUUAUCCUUGCUGGUUGCUGCAAAUGUUCAGGUUCGUCGCGUGGAUGCGUCGGAUGGUGUGGAUGAGGUGUAUCGGACGACCAUGCAACUCUUCAGACCUCAACUGCUGUACCUUUUGGGAGGGCUAGGGGCGUGCACGACAGCACUGGCACAGAGACUCGCCGAAACAUACCGAUACUUCCACGUAGAUGCUGGUAGGCGGAUCUAAACGAUUGCACAUUGACAGCAGGGUCAGUAUUGCUGUCCGUGCAUCGUAGAAAAGCUAGUUGUGCAAUCGGAGGAGAUCUCGGCCCAUCGGAAGACAUCGAACGGCAAUCGAGACAUUCAACUCACUUCCCUUCCAAAGUCUUAGCGUCUUUUUCUCUUCAGGCAAACGGGUUGUCCCCCUGAGCAUGAAGGCUCUUCCUCCGUCGGUCAUCUGCCCACUGGUCGAAGAGAACAUCAAAAGAGCACUCGCCAGAGGUGAAUGAGUGGACGGCGAGUGAUCUUUGAUGUUCACGGCUUCGGGUGCACGGCUUCGGGUUCAUCAUUCUUCUUCAGGUCAUACCCGCUUCGUAUUGACGGGUUUCCCUCAGACGUUGCCACAAAUGCAGUUCAUCGAGGACAAGGUGCCUCCACCAUGUGCAGCCACACCAAUGUCUUAUCUCUCUAUCUAUAUCUCCGCAUUCAGAUUCAUUGUGGGAGUGUUGGGUACCGCAUGUGCAUGCCCCGUUCGGCGCUUCGCACCCUUGCCCUGUCGCCUAUCGAUAAACAUAUACCGAAGGAGCCAACGGAGGCGAGUAUCCGCGGAGUGGAGAAGCAGCUGGCACUUUUUUUUUCGACAGAGAUGCGGGGUGUGACGGAUGAACUCAAGGUCAGGGCAUAGUAUAGUGAUCACACGCACAGAAUGUGCCGGAUUGGUGUACUCCUUAGUCUCGAGGUAACCUGAGGGACGUGCUAUGCGAGGAUAUCUUUGUUAGCCCGAUGACACUUCAAGAAUCCGUCGAUAAACUCUCUUGCUCCUUAUCGCCCGCCACCGACGUGCAGGCCCCUCUCUGGUGCCGGCUACAAACGGCAACGAGGCCAGAGGUGACCAAGAAAAGACAUACACUCUCAGGUUGUUUAGAUAGAACCCACGACGUGUCGUUGUUUAGGUUGUGUUCGUACAUGCGAACGGCACCUCAGUGUCGGAAAAGUCUCUGACCGACAUCUCCCAGGCCAUCACCGACUUGCUGGGUGGUGAGCGUCGGGGCGUUGUAUGCAGCGACAUCAUGGCAUACAUGCAGAUCGAAGCCAACCUUCCCACACCGCUCGGCCGAAAAUUGAGGGUGAGACGCUUGACCCUAGGACACCGCCAAUUGCCCUCGUCUGUGUAUUUCCUUUACAGAAUGCUCGGUCGAACGCGACUGACAGCCGCGAUGCGUUUGCCACUCACGCCCUCGAAGCCGCCCAACAACUCGCCUCAGUUACCAAUAGCUCCACACUUGUGCUCGUCAACUUCCCAUUCAACCAUAAAGACGAAAAGCAUGUAAAAGCCAUCUCUACGGAACACAAGAGUCCUGCAGACCUCCUUGCAUAUUGGGCAGGCUGUCGAGCUGCUUUCGAUAUUCAACGUCAAUCGCCUGGUCCUGAUCGGUGAGCCGUCAUGCUGUCCGACGGGACCCAGCGCGGAGCCAGACCCCAUACUGACCGAAUUCGCCAGACAGGCAUGUUGGCCACCCACCACUAGCCCGUCAGCGCAGCUAUCAGGAAUGUGUUCUGUGCCAGGGCAAGCUGGAGCACAUCCCACAGAAGGAGAACGAGGAAGAGAUGUUCAAGGACGUUAUCGAGUGAGUGUUGUCGACAGGCAGACCCUGAACAUAAGCGACGUGAUCAACAGACGAGAUACAAUACUACAUAUGAAUUUCACGCAGCUUUUGUAUCUCACGCUGUAUCCUCUCUACAAUGCAGUCGUUUCGCUGCCAAGCUCCUCCUUGUGCAAGCCCCGCCUGCAUUUCCGAUCGGUACCUGUGCAAGCACACUCGGCGCCUUCGAAUGCAUCUUUGUGUGCUUUUCUCGAAGCUGAUGUUGUGUCAUGUCUGGCUGACAAGCUUGCGUUGACGCCACUGCCCCCCACGGGUAGAAUGAAACUGCGUGGUCCACCAGGGACUCCUGUCUACUCUGUGUUUGUCUUUAAGAUGUGUUGCUAAAGGAGGUGAUGGAUCUCGGAGGUCCCCUUGGCGACGCACUUAAAGAGCACCAGACUCGCACCAGUAGCCUGACAGCAGACGCCCUUUCCCCUGAGCUCCUCGCCCAGUCUCUGGAUGCGUGGCUCGUCAUGCAGCCCUCCGGCAUAGGUGCUUUCAUGGCCGCAAACCUCAUUGGUGUUGCAGAACAGGUCUGGGACAAAAUAGGAUCCGAGCAUUCCUAAAGGUACUUUCUGUCAACUAAAUUUAGGUCGAGGCGUUAGAGGGCGUCAGGGUGAAGGCGAUGGGAUUGAUGGAGCUGACGGCACCCAGCGAGGCAUGAAUGAACAAGUGUGACACGCAAAGUCAAUCCGUUUAUCUCUGAAUGUUUGCUUCAGGCCUUGGCCGAGAGGGCGCAAGAGGCUGGAGGAGAUGCCUUCAGUGCCGAGGACUUCGAGCAGGCCGUGAAUCAGUACAAAGAGAGAAUGGGUCAGCCUCGGAUGUACAACAACAGCACGCAAUACGCAGCCACGCCGUCUCCUUCGCUACAUCAGAUGCUAUUACCAAACUGUUCGCUGGGCGGAACGCGCACUACGUGGUGGAUGCGACGGGCUUCCCGCCUCCCUGGGACCUCGCACAGGUCAAGCAGUGAGAUGGGCUGGUGGCCUCAGUAAGCCCAGCUGUGUAUUUUUCAUUCAGAGUUUACUUGACAGGUCGAAGUUCCGUUCAUCAAUCCUCGUGGUGCCGCCUCUUCAAGGCCUCUCUGAUGUCGUGGCGUCGAAGGUCGCUUUUGAAAGUAAAAAUACUCAAACACGAGGAGUUGCUUGCUGGCAGAUUACUGUCCGUGUCCUGUGGUCUUAGGUGGGUGUCAUCUCCGGUACCUCGACGCCACGGAGUUAUGUCACAAACGUAGGUGCCGACUUAGCUGAUCUCUCCGGUGUCGACGCUCCUGCGAAAUCUGCAGGGCGUCAAGGAUGCAGUGGAGAGUUGGACCACCAGCUAUACCUGUCGAAACUGGUGCAGCAGCAGGUACGCUGACCUCUUACCCACAGGCACAUACCCAACGCUUGACAUGGGAUAACAUAUCAAGUGAGCCCUGACGUGUAUCAACGCAGUUUGCUUCUGUUCAGGAUAUGAGGCCUUCCCCAUCGUCUUUCGUGUCCGACAUGUGUGACUGGGUGCCGAGAUCCUUGUGGGCUCCGCUUCUCAAAAGCGCUAUGCAGCAAGACUUCACUAAAGAAUACCUGAUCACCAAUCUACCAACUCCGGUACAUUGACACGUGUGCAAUUACCUUUUCCUAUGCUUGAAUACAUGCAGACCGGCAUGGCUGGCAGUACCGCUACGGUCCGCGAUCAGUAUGAUGCCAUCUGCUACACGGCGAAUGUAGAAGGUCUGCCGAAAAGAGGAGCAUGUUCCGUGUUGGCUGGCGGUGUCUUCCUUGUUUUGACCGUGUGCACGUUCAGGAGUGUACAUAUUCUCGUUCACCGCCCAUGCUCUUGAGCAGUGGCUGAUGUCCCGCAUAUCUGGCUCACCAUCAGACGAGACUGCUAUCAAGGUAUUGCCACAUGAUCCUCUCCUGCAGCGAAAUGAACGAGAGCGGGAGAGUUGUGCUUUGUUACAUUGGCCAGGCAUCCGUUGCGAGCGCGCUUGAUGCGGUCCGCGUGGUGGAGGAAUUUCUACUUAUGGAGCUACAGGGGUCUCCAGCUCUUCAUUUGCUCGAUGUGCAGGUUCGUGGGGCAAAAGAGAACGAGAAUAUCCGGAUGAUUUUUGCGCUGACUCAGGACCUUCCCCAUGUCGAUGACCUAGUGCAGCAGGUUGCAGAAUCUCUCAGCGGAAAGGAGUAGCGAUAGUAGCAUGCUUGUUAGCCUGUGGUGAGGAGAGGACAGCAGAAAGAUGGACCAGCACUCUGGAGAACGGGAGAAUGGCGGUGUCGAGAUGUCAUUCAUUCAUUCAUUCAUUCGAGCGUCCUCAUGAACACACCAGGCAUUCAUUCGGACGAUGCAAGC